AUGGGACCAACUUUAAACUUUGCAAGUCUCUGCCAUGUCCUAGAAACCGAGGCUGGUUCCAAUGGCGACCCGCACUUCAAGACUUGGCACAAUGAACACUUUGCAUCUCACGACACUGGAGUUACAUCAAGAGUGCCGUCAUUCAUUCGCAUUGGCAAUGCUAUUUUGGAGAUUGAAGGCUCUGCUCUGGAGUUUGAUUCUGUGACUCACUAUUGGAUCAACUACGAGUACCAAGGAGAACUUACCGAGUUUGCUGGGUUUCCAGUGAAGAUGUUCUCUCAACAAGGAACGGCAAUCACCAAGAAUCGAAUCGAGAUUGACUUUGAGUUCUAUCUAUCCAGGACGGACAAAAGAUUGUUUUUUCUACCUAUAAGGAGUUUGUCCAGGUUUCUUUCGCGAAUGCAAAUGAAGAAUCGUUUGGAAACGAGUGUUGUUAUGUUGGGUGACUUCAAUACUGGCCAAACUUUGGCUCGCGAUGGCGUUACUGUGCUCGACGACUUUACCGAGCUUGGACAUGAAUGGCAAGUCCUUAGAAUUCCAUCGGGCAAGCAUUUGUUCCGUGUGAAGCGCCUUCACCUCAAAUUUCCCGAAACAUGCAUUGAUCCGGAAUAUCCACGUGGGGAUCGUCGUCGUUGUCGUUGUCGUCGUCGUCGUCGUUUGGAUUGUCCUUUUGUUAGUGAGGAGGAAGCCGAGGCUGCCUGUUAUGGACUCAAGGAUGAGUUGGACCGUAAGGACUGUGCUGUGUAUGACAUCUUGGCUACACCCACAAAAAAUGGACAUGGCUUGAGCCUACCAACUGAUUGGCUUGGGUCUCGUCGAGAUAUUUGUAGAUUUCCCCUCUCUCGCUUUGAAUAA